AAAUUUUAGAACUGAACAACGAUGGCUUUGACGUGCAAGAUGAAAGUUCGCUUGUUUUGGCCAGUGAUAGGUAUUAUUUCUGGAAUAAUAGCCGGAUUAUGUUUUGCUAUUGUUUAUCGAAAUUGGAGUGCGACAGUAAUGGCAUUUAUCAGUUCAAUAGUCGCUGUAAAUCUUUUGUUCAUACAUUGGAAGUAUAUCAAUGGAACGAUAUCGAUGCUACCUAAAAUCAAAAUUAAAUUCAUUUUUGCUAUUAAUUGCAUAUUGUGUAUGCUAUGUUUUGGUGGAGUUAUCGUUUGUCUUACGCUUGCAGCCAUUUGGCACCAAAAUUUAACACAUAAAGGUUUGAUGAACGAAAACCUCUGGAUAACAGCGGUUUGGUUUUUUAUGACAUUUAAAUGGUCCAUGCUUUCGGCCUGGUAUAUCCAUCACUAUUCUACUCAAGAAUAUACGGAACAUUUGCCGAGCUAACACGCCGAUUUACGUUAACGGUUAUGGUUUCUAACCUCAUUCACUAUGCAUUCUGUUUACAUAAUAUUAGUGAUAAGAGAUGAUGAACCUAAAAAACAUACUUCUAUUACGCUGACGUCAUUUCAAAAACCGUCUGUAGGAAAUAAACCAUUCUGUGAUAACCACAACGAACAUUAUAUGUUUCAGAUUGUUUUGUUUUAUGGUUGAC